CACUCUACAACUAGUACAACGAGUAAAUUGAUGGAAAAGCAUGCCGGUAUUAGGCCAAGGAAACCAACAAAAUGGAGGCUCCUCUGGAAGCCGGAGUCGUCCGCAGACGUCGCCGUUUCUUGCUCCACAACGACUAGGUGCCGACGAGGUGGUAUACGCACCCUAUACUGCAUGGAACCCGUCUCGGCACGAGCUGAAAAAAUAUCCUUUUCGCGGUCUUCCCGACCCAGCGGAGAUUCAACGCUUAAAAGAUACGGGUUGUUGAGUUUGUGUUGGAACAUUCGAACACAGACUGUUAAGUCCCGUCUAGUUUCUCAUUGAGAAGCGUUUGAGUUUGAUACAGAUUGCACUAACAGCCUGAGACAAAUGAUCUCUGGCUGCUUUGAUCCCUGUGGAUGUUCAUUGGGGUUGCAAGGGAAGGAAGUCUCAGCUUCUUCAUUGGGAUAUCAUGUUGCAUGGGAAAGCUUUCAUAUGCUUCAUAUGGGAACGCCUAUGCUAUCGUCAUUGACUCACACGAUUAUCCAUAUGCUCUUUGAACUGAUCAGAACUGGCAAAACGUUACGAACCUGAUUACAGCUAUGAACAUUCGUUGUUUCUGCUAUCUGCAUACGUUGAGG